AUGGCCCACAGGCCGCGGGAAGUGCUUCCCAAGGUCGAGCGUGAUGCGCUUAGAAUACUCAAGGCCGAACAAGAACUGGCCAUCGUGCCAGCGGACAAAGGGCGUGCCACGGUUGUACUGAACAGAAUAGAAUACCUCCAAAAAGCCAAAAGUUUACUGGAGGACCGACAAUUCUAUGUCCCAUGUGUAACGAACCCUGUAAAAGCGCUGACACGCGAAACUAAUGCUACGUUGUUGGCCUCGGAGAACUCAGGUGCAAUAACAACGACCGACAGACGAGUGGCGAGACCCCAAGAUACGGCUUUGGCCCGAUUUUAUGGCCUCCAUAAGGUGCACAAAGAGGUCAUGGUAUCUUUCGAUGUUACAUCCCUUUUUAUCUCUAUUCCCCAGCACCUGGCGAUCGAGGCAGUCGAGCUGCUUCUACAGAGCAAAUACGAUGAAACGGAGAAUCGUCUUGGACACGCCCAAGUCAUUCAGCUCCUGAAGUUCUGUCUCAGGACGUACUUCACGUUCGACGGGACAAUUUACGAACAGGUGAAGAGCACACCAAUGGGUUCGCCGAUUUCGGGGUUCAUCGCCGGGGCGGUCCUGCAACGGUUAGAGUCGCUGGUCUUCCAACACCACAAACCGAAGUUCUGGGCCCGGUAUGUGGAUGACACCUUCGUCGUUAUCGAUCGGGAUCAACUGCUGACAUUCAAGGAACGUCUGAAUGCAGUCUUCCCGGACUUACAAUUUACGAUGGAGGAGGAAGAGAACAACCAGCUGGCCAUUCUGGAUGCCCUCGUAUGUCACAAAGAUCGUGGUGGCCUAAAGACCGAAAUGUUCAGGAAAACGACAAGUACACUGCACUAUUGA